AUGCCUCUGCCAUUUCGCUCCUCGAUCUGCCUACUAUGCAAAAUUAGGCCGACCCUGGUGGCCCCGCCGAUUAUUUCGGCCUCAUGGGAGACCACGCGAGGCAUGGCCUCCGUCCGAAUGCGCCGCAAGGCCGCUCGAAUGGCGCUAUCACCCACUGUCUCCAAACAAUCUUUGCCUACCACCAAGCCACGAAGAGAACGGGCCGGUCCCUUCGCCUCGAUGAACCAGACCCAGGCACGAAUUCGAGACGUACCGCGUGCCCGAUCGCAGGCGGCCCUCAAGCGUUCAGGGCAGGAAGGCGGCAAGACGGAGAAGAAGGACAGCCCGUUGUACAAAGCGUUGAAGAUGCAGACAACGUUGACGCCUGUGCCCUAUGGUCGCCGUUCCGCUAUUAAGGCUCGACUUGCCGAUAUCACCAGCUUCGACCACUUCCCUCUCCUUCCUGCAGUUCGCCAGUCAAUUUUCGUCCAGGCUCUAGCGGGUCUCAGCGAUGUUACCCCGACACCGAUUCAGCGACUUGCAAUUCCGGAAUUGUUGCUGGAUGGGUCUAAGAAGAAGAACAAAGUGAAGAAGGCGGGCGAGGAAGAAAUAGAGCACAGUUUCGACCAGUACCUCCUGGCAGCAGAGACCGGAUCAGGCAAAACACUCGCAUACUUGCUACCUAUCGUUGAUGCAGUCAAGCGUGCUGAAACCCGCGAGAAGGAGGAAGAGAAAGUUCUUGCGGAACAAAGGGAACGAGAGCGGGAGGAGAGAAUGAAGAACAAGGCCUUCAGCUUGGAGCCUGAAGAAGCGCCAAUGACGAACGCGUGUCGUCCUCGGGCCAUUAUUCUCGUUCCAACCUCCGAAUUGGUCUCCCAGGUCGCAGCAAAGCUUAAGGAGUUGGCCCACACCGUCAAGUUCCGCUCAGGCGCGAUCUCCUCAACCUUCACUCCCCGUCGGAUCAAAAACGCGCUUUUCCACCCCGACGGCAUCGACAUCCUAGUUUCGACACCUCACCUUCUGGGUUCAGUUGCGAAGACAAACCCCAAUAUCCUCAGCCGAGUCUCUCACCUUGUCCUUGACGAGGCUGAUUCCCUCAUGGAUCGCUCAUUCAUAGACACAACGUCAGAAAUCAUCGCCAAAGUCACUCCAUCACUCAAGAAGUUGGUCCUCUGCUCAGCCACGAUCCCCCGCAGUCUCGACAACCAGCUACGCAAGCGCUUCCCCGAUAUCCAGCGAUUGACGACUCCGAACCUGCACGCCAUCCCCCGUCGCGUGCAGCUGGGCGUUGUGGACAUCGAGAAAGAACCAUACCGUGGGAACCGCAACCUCGCAUGCGCCGACGUUAUCUGGUCAAUUGGCAAGGCAGGAGACAGACACGAGCACACCGAGACAUGGGGACCCCUCAAUGCCUACAUGGAGCCGAAGGUCAAGAAGAUCAUCGUGUUCGUCAACGAACGCGAGGAAGCCGACGAGAUCGCCGCUUUCCUGCGAUCAAAAGGCAUCGAUGCUACCUCGCUGUCCCGUGACACCGAUUCCCGCAAAAAAGAAGAGACCCUUUCGGAGUUCACUGAGGUUAAGCUGCCUCCGACUGCAGAGGAAAUCGUGCUUAAUAAGAAGAAGAACCGGGCCGCGGACAGCAUUCCAUUCGAGCUUCCUGAACGUCAAGAAUCCAUCCGUCGUCUUGCUGACACCAAGGUUCUUGUCACUACCGAUAUCGCCUCCCGUGGUAUCGACACCCUGGCCGUGAAGACAGUCAUCCUCUACCACGUGCCGCAUACAACAAUUGACUUUAUCCACAGACUGGGCCGUCUCGGUCGUAUGGGUAAGCGUGGUCGUGGCGUUGUCUUGGUUGGCAAGAAGGACCGCAAGGAUGUCGUCCGUGAGGUGCGCGAGGGCAUGUUCCGUGGUCAGGCUCUGAUCUAG